GUGCCUUGACCCACACAACCACGUCGCACGGUUUCGCUUGGAUUUUGUAACGAGGAGAUCGUCCCUUGCACAAAGACCCCAGGCACAGUGAAACAACCGGUUCUCUGGGCACUUGCUUGCUCCUUCUUGAUUCGGGGACUUUGUUUAUCUCAAUUCGGGACGACCGGGUACAUGUAAACACUAUAUCUUCAACAUGUCCAGCGUGUCGUCUUUUCCGUGCAUCCCCUCAAUCCGUCAUCAUGAAAUACUCACUCGUUGCUGGCCUUUUGGCCGUAGCUAGCGUCAACUGCAAGCCGACUUCGCACAUCGAGAGUGAGACAGUCCACGUCGAGAACCUGCGCUCGGUACCUCAAGGAUGGACUGCAAUUGGCGCUCCAGCAGGCAAUCGCAAGAUUCCUUUCCGUAUUGCUGUCCGUUCGGCUGAUAACGACAUUCUGGAGCGAACGCUCAUGGAGAUCUCGGAUCCCAGUCAUGCUCGAUACGGGCAGCAUCUCAAACGCGAUGAACUCAAGGACCUCAUCAAGCCUCGCGCAGAAUCCACCAAAGCAGUAUUGAGCUGGCUAGAGGCUUCGGGUGUCAGCUCUGAUGACAUCAAGAAUGACGGCGAAUGGAUCACUUUCCACGCCCCCGUCGAGAGAGCCGAGUUGAUGUUGAGCACCACUUUCAAGACUUACCAGAAUGAGGUCCGUAGGGACGUGAAGAGGGUCCGGUCUCUAAGCUAUUCUGUGCCCAAAUCGAUUCGCGACCACAUCGACCUGAUCGAGCCAACGACUCGUUUUGGCCAAAUCAAGGCAGAGCGCAGUAAUGUGCUCACACAGGAGGCUGCCCCAUUCUCAGUUCCUGCAGUCGAUGCCAGUUGCAACACUACCAUCACCCCAGCUUGUCUUAAGGACUUGUACAACUUUGCUGAUUACAAGAUUGACGCCAAAGGUGCUGUGAAGCUUGGUGUGAGCGGCUUCUUGGAAGAGUUGGCACGCUACGCCGACUUGAACCAGUUUGUAUCGACGUUCGCACCCAAUGCGAGUAACAAAUUCUCCAUUAUCCCAGUAAACGGCGGUACAUUGGAUCAGAAUGCCACUGACAGCAGUGUCGAAGCCAACCUUGACAUUGACUACACAGCGGGUCUGGUAGACCCCAACAUCGAAACGAUCUUCUACAGCACCGCUGGUCGUGGCAUUCUGGUACCUGAUCUUGAUCAGCCAACGGAAGCCAACAACGACAAUGAGCCGUACCUCGACUUCUUUACUUAUAUUGCUGGCCUUCCUGAUAAUGAGCUGCCACAAGUCCUUACCACCUCUUAUGGCGAGGAUGAGCAGAGUGUGCCCGCUACAUAUGCUCAGAAGGUGUGCGAUAUUAUUGGCCAGCUCGGUACCCGCGGUGUAUCCGUCAUCUUCAGCAGUGGAGACACGGGUGUUGGCUCAGCCUGUCAGACCAACGACGGCAAGAACACAACUCGCUUUUUGCCCAUCUUCCCUGCAUCCUGCCCCUACGUCACCUCGGUUGGAGGCACCUACAAGGUCGAGCCUGAGCGUGCCGUCGGCUUCUCCUCAGGCGGCUUUUCAGAUCUCUGGGCGCGCCCCGCGUACCAGGACGUGGCUGUUGGUGCAUAUCUCGAGAAACUCGGUAGCCAGUGGGAGGGUUUGUACAACCCUGAUGGACGUGGUUUCCCAGAUGUCGCUGCGCAAGGCCAAGGCUUCCGUGUCGUUGACAAAGGCCGCCAAAUCUCGGUGGGAGGUACUAGCGCUUCCGCACCUGUUUUUGCCUCCAUCGUUGCACUCUUGAACAACGCCCGUCUCGCCGCCGGUCAACCUGCGCUCGGUUUCCUGAACCCAUGGAUUUACAGCAAGGGCUACCAGGGACUCACAGAUAUCAAAGACGGAGGCUCGACUGGAUGCACUGGCAGGUCGAUUUACUCGGGCCUGAAGGCACCUCUCGUGCCAUACGCAUCCUGGAAUGCGACUGUCGGCUGGGACCCGGUUACCGGGUAUGGCACCCCUGACUUUGGCAAGCUUCUCGAGCUGUCCCAGGACCAGUCUUACAGCGUGCCUGAGAAGUUCCGCGCAUAAGCUUGUUCGCGAAUAAGAUGCCAGUCAUUGUAACGUUCCUAAGUAGCAUAGCAAACCGAACGUGGUU